UGUACUGUACAUGUACCAUAAAUAUCCACAACUCCAGAGCAGCUAGUUCACAAAUGCAGGAAUCUUCUUCAGGGACAUAGUGAUACUCUGUGGAAAGCGUGGAGACUCUUCAGAAGCUCCUCUCAAGAACACAGGCGCUCUUCAGAAACGCUAAGACACUCUUUGAAAUGCAGUCUUUCGCAACACUGAGACUUUUCAGAAACACACAGAGGCUUCUUAGUCCGUUUCUGAACAGUCACAGUGUUUUCCUAAUAAGCCUCUGGAUAUGUCUGUGACCUUUCACUUUCAUCAGUGAUACAAAGAUGUCAUAGAAUUAUCAAAAGUGUACCCUAGCACAUUAAGAAAUAUUCCAGAAGACCUCUUGAAAUAGUCAAUGGAGUGGCCUUGUUUGCUUUCAACCGAAACACUUGAGACAAAAAUAUGCUUUGUUAAGGAUCCAGUCAGUGGAAUUUAACUUUUGUUCACUUGGAAUUUGAUGCAGAUUUAAAAGAUGCAAAUAUUGAAGAAGUGUGGACUAUAGAUAAUUUUUUUUUAAUAUAUAGAUAAUUUAGCAUUAAUGCAUUAAGUAUCGUUAACUAACCUUAACUUUUUUACAUUUAUUAAUCUAGGUUUAUAUUAAUUUUAUAAAUGUACUGUUUAUUGUUAAUUCAUAUUUGUUCAUAAUAGAUUAAGUGUUCACUUGUGGGAGUGUAAGGAGGCAGAGAAAUCUUGUACCCUUAACUGUACAAAAGUGUACAAAUUAUAAACGAUUUUAUUAAUUCCCAUAACCUUGGCAUUGCUUGUUGCAUGCUUUGUCAGAUCAAACAGUAAUGCAUUCAUAAAAAAACCCACCAACAAUAAUGCAGAAAUUAUUUUUAUAAUCAUUUUACAAUAUUUAUAUAUAAUCAUGCAAGCAGUGAUUAAACUAUUUCACCUCCUGUCAUGGGGGUGCAAACUCUCUUCCUAUGCAUAAAAUACUUCUAAAUGGGGGCGCAAUUUGAUUGCAUCUCUCUCAUUCUAUAGCUUUUUUUUCUCGUCUCACUCAGUCCUUUCUCUGUCACACAACACAACAUAAGUUUGGUCAUCUUAAAACCAUCUGCUCGUGGUGCAUCCGCUCAAGAAGCACACACCCUCACACAUGCAGAGAAAGAAGUAAGGCUUCCUCCCGACACACAGCAGGUUCACACUACAUUCAAUUUUCCGAAGGUCACUCCCCGAGCCCCCCCAUCACAAACACACACACACAUACAGAUACCACACAUAUGGGAUGCCAACAGGCUUUUAAAGUGCAUUCAAAAUGAGAUGAAGUACUUUCCUUCUGCUUGCUCUGUCAGCGCUCAUGGGAGCAUUUAGUAGUGUUUUUCUCUUCUGCUUCAGGGUUUUCAGUGCUUUAAAUGCCUCUCAGUCUAAUUCUGGUUUGUUUUGUUCAUGCAGCAGGGAUUACCCAGGCUUACUACAAAUCACUCUCACCCGCUCAGCGCCGUCUGUGUGCGGUUUGGAGCUGAGACGGAAGCUGGAGGCGAAGGAGGCCUGUGAGUGGCUUCGAGCGGCGGGGUUUCCUCAGUAUGCUCAGCUCUAUGAAGCCUCUCUGUUCCCCAUCGAGAUCUCUGCUGUGAGGAGAGACCAUGAGUUUCUGGAUCAGGACUCUGUCAAGGCAUUAUGCAGGAGGCUAGCAACCCUGAACAAAUGUGCUGCGAUGAGCUUAGAGGUUCAUUUCCUGUGUAAACAGCAGAGUGAGGACUCCGAAGAGGAUGAUUCAUGCGCCCUUAGCUCUCGCUGGGCAUUUCAGCGUGAAAGUAAAACUUGGUCCCGUCUCCGCUCUCUUUCACCUGCCCCUGCUGCCAACCGGGCCUCCACUUUACGACCCUCAGGCAGUAGCGAUAGCGUGCUGAGUGACAAUAGUCUCCUAGAUGUCACCUCACUGACCUCUGACCUCAGUGCUAGCAGCUUAAGCUUAGACAGUGCCCGGGAAACAACUUUUCCAAAAGUUGCAGCUUUCAGUGAAGUCACAAUGGGUGAGGGCGCAUCAUUAGUUUGUGUCUCAGCUGGCCAAGAUGAGAAUGAUGACACCGGAUCCUCAUCUUCCCUGCCGUCUGUAAGAGAGAAGCCAAAGCGUCCUUCUAGAUCGUUGUUAUGGAGGAAAGAAUCAAUAAAGAAGCAAGAGAUGGUCCCAAGGAUCAUUUCAACGGUAAAUCAACACCAGCCACCCUCAGACCUGCACUGUACAUCUGAUUCAAGUUUGCCAGGCCAAAUCACAAAUAAGUGCAGAAUUGCCAAAGAUGUGACAUGGAGGUCACAUACAAAAUGCCACAGUAAAGUUAGCCCGAAAGCCACUCGGAACAAGCCUCACAGAGCAUGCCUUUACCUGGAAGACUACCAGUUAGCUUGGGAGAUACCCAAGUUAACCAAUCAAAACAACUGUCUGAGAAAAGAGGAUCAUGUGGUCCACCUCCCUUUUGACCACAAGCCUGGAACUUUCCCCAAGUCUCUCUCAAUCGAAAGUCUCUGUCCGCUUUCUGUUUCUCAAAGUCCUGACCAUAUUGACUGGGCAGGAGAAUAUGGAGACCUGUCCUUGGAUGGAAGUAUUAGUCGCAGUGGGUCGCAAGACUUUCUCUCAGGUUUUGGGAGGAGGAGGAACUCUCUGAGCUCAGUUGGAAGCAUUUAUGACAAUAUUUCUGAGACACCAGGCAGUCCAUGUGAUAUUUUUGACCCUGGAAAAGAGAAAGCCUUUCAGCAUCUGGAUGACAUUCUACAGCAUGUACAUGGGCUACAGCACAACAUCGACGAAUGGUCGCGGUCACUUGGCAUUCAAUCGCAGGACCAAUCAAAUGUGGAGACUGAAUCUACAGCUGACACAACAUUACCCAGUAGUCUGAACUAUGAUGAGCAAUCCAUGUCGGAUGUUGGGACAACCGUGAGCGAUUAUGAUAGUCCAGGAAACUCUGUGAAUGAGGGAGAAGGAGAAAUGAGAGAAAGGAGGGACUCAGGGGUGGGGGCAUCACUCACAAGACCCAGCAGAAAGUUGCGCUGGCACAGUUUCCAGAACUCUCAUCGUCCAAGCGUGACCUCAGCGUCUUUAGAAAUCAACAGGCAGUCAGCUGCUCAGCUAAAUCUUCUGCAGAAAUUCAGCCUUUUACGACUGACCGCCAUUCUGGAGAAACACACAGACACCACCAAACACAGCUGGAGCUGGGUGGUUUCGAAGUUUAUGAAACGUUCCAAAGUUCCAGAUUAUAAAGAUAAACAUGUGUUUGGAGUUCCGCCGAUCGUAAACGUCCAGCGAACUGGUCAGCCUCUGCCUCAGAGCAUCCAGGAGGCGAUGAGAUACCUACGCAGCCAGUGUCUAGAGAAGGUGGGAAUAUUCCGGAAAUCGGGGGUAAAAUCCCGAAUCCAGGCCCUCAGGCAGCUCAAUGAGAAUUCCCCCGAUCAUGUGACCUACCAGGGCCAAUCAGCUUAUGAUGUGGCUGACCUGAUUAAACAGUACUUUAGGGAUCUGCCUGAACCUGUGCUCACCUCCAAACUUACAGAUACGUUUUUACAUGUGUACCAGUUUGUUCCAGCAGAGCAGCGUUUACAGGCUGUGCAGGCAGCCGUGAUCCUGCUGCCAGAUGAGAACAGAGAGGUUCUACAGACGUUGCUCUAUUUCCUCAGUGACAUUGCAUCUGCACAGGAAAACCAGAUGACUGCGGAUAGUCUGGCUGUGUGUCUCGCACCCUCCAUACUUCACCUGAAUGCCUCCAAGAAAGAUGGAGCUUCACCAAGGCUCAUAAGCAGGAAGGGUGGAGCCAAGCCAGACCACAAGGACCUGAGUGAGAACAUGGCUGCCACACACUGCCUUAGUCACAUGAUCACAGAAUGCAAGAAGCUAUUCCAGAUCCCGCAUGAAAUGAUGCUUCAGUCUAGGAAUUCUUAUGUGGCCGCUGAUGCUCAGCCGCUGCCUCUCCAUGGGGUCGGGGUGAAUGCCCUAGGCAAGCCUGUGGAUUAUCGGGCGUACCUAGAAGACAACAUUCAGUGUCUUCUCAGAGAGGCAUCUGAGCGGAGUAAAGGCUGGCACCAUGCCCACGGACCUGAAAACACUGAGCUGGCUUAUAAAAAGGUAGGAGACGGGCACCCGAUGCGUCUGUGGCGAGUUUCGGUGGAGAUAGAGGCCCCGCCUGCUGUGGUGCUGCAGCGUGUUCUGCGAGAGCGCCACCUGUGGGAUGAAGACCUUCUGCACAGUCGAGUCAUUGAGCCUUUGGAAAACAACACAGAGGUUUUCCAUUACAUCACAGACAGCAUGGCUCCACAUCCUCGUAGAAACUUCGUAGUGCUCAGACGUUGGUGUGAUCUGCCAAAAGGGGUGUGUGUUCUAGUGUCAUCUUCUGUGGAACAUGAUAAUGUCCAGUUGGAGGCAGGAUUACGGGCCGUGCUUUUGACAUCACGCAUCUUUAUUGAGCCAUGUGGAAUGGGACGGUCCCGGCUCACACAUUACUGCAGAGCUGAUCUACGGGGGCGCUCUCCUGAUUGGUAUAACAAAGUGUUCGGUCAUCUGUGUGCAAUGGAGGUUGCAAGAAUACGAAGUUCUUUCCCUGUUCUGUCGCCACAAGGACCUGAGACCAAACUCUGAACCCACUUGGGUUAAAUCUAAGACUAUUUUGAAUGAUAAAGAAUUAAAAUUCUGAGAGCACAGGUGCAAAACCAAAAUGGCCUCGCAAGUCAGAAGGUGGAAGAGUAAGAAUAGUAGAGAAUGGCUUUUUUUUUUUUUUUUACCUGAUUUAUUAAUCAGUUCAGGAAUUGAUGAAAAGGAAGACAGUACUGUGUAGAAUAGUAGAAGGACUAUGCAAAAAAACAAACCUGUUGUGGUUUUAAAAGCCAUGGGGGAGUAAUGUGAAAAAAGCUCAAGCUCACAAUCAUACUGUUGAGAUUGCGUCUAAUCUUGCUUGUGUUUCGAUUGUGUGAGUGUUUAUAUCGGUUUGUGUUAAGCAGUAGGUCUAUGUAGACAUGUUAUGCCAUAAAUUCUUUGUCUAACAAUCUGAUGUGGUCUGUCAAACAGCUCAUUCAUUCUCAGGGUAAAUGUAAACAAGUUUCGCUUUUUUUAAUUGCACAGGAAUUUUGCCAUGUGGCACUGAUAAUGACCAGCUGGCAAACAGAAACAACCAAGCAUGUAUUACAUUUAUAAGACACUGGGUCUGUUGUUAUAAGCUCCCUGUGUGCUUUUCAUUCUGUACAUCAUCAGUCCAGCAGAAUCAUAGAGACUGUGGUGCUGUUCAACAAAUAUGACACGCUUCCCACUGAUACAGUAUAAAUUAGUUAUAUUUGUGACCUUGUUCCCUUUCUUCCUUUUCUCCUACCCCCUUUUUAUUUAUUUGCAUCAGCCAUUUGCAUCUGGCAAACUUCAUUUGUGAAGUUUUAAUAAAGUCUGCAUGGAAUCCAUGGGAAUGAUAUUCAGAAGACUUUAAUACAGCUUUAAUUUUUUACUUUUACAUUUCUAUCUUCUCUAGAGCUAAAAAAAUAUUUUUUUGUGAUAUAAUUAGAUAAUACUCUUUAUUACUGUUCUUAAUGGUGCCUUGAGCAACUAAAUAGAAAACUGACUAUUUGUUUUUCAUCUUAUAUUUGUCAUUAAAUCGGUGCUGUUUCACCAGGGCAUUAUGUAAUAAUAGUAUUCUAUUUAUUUUAAAGUAUAACUGCAUGUAUGUUGUUUUAAGCAUUCUGCCUCAAAGUGAAAUGGUUCAAGUCCCACAACGUGGUUAUGUGUGCUUUUUGUGAUGUACAGAAAUCCAUUUACAUAUAUUGAUUAUUUGAUUGUUUCAAAUCGCUUUUUUGUUUUGUUUAUAUAUAGAUCGAUAAUUCAGUGUUAAACACAGGUGUCAUUUUAUAAUAAUGUUGAUUUGAUACAUUUUCAAUCAUACUCUUGUGUAUCGUGCCAAUUUAGCCUCCAGUGCAAUUAAAAUAAAGGGGAAAAAAAAGUU